AUGCAAGUCCGGAGGGUUCUCGUUGAGAGCAACAAGUCUUUGACAAAAAGAUUUUCAGAGCUUAGAGGGUGUAUCGGAACAAGCCAGGCCAAAAGAUACAAGACAAAACCUGUCCACACGAUGAAGCAUCCGACAGCACACGAGGUCCCUCUAGUCUCAGAUCUAUCUCCAUCCUCGGCUUUAUACGGGCACGACUGUCCACUUCACCCUCAUGAGAUGAGAAUAAUGCCGAUGCAAAACUGGCACGCAGAUCUCACCACACACAAGGACCAACUCCACGGCUGGGUUGUCACAAAGGUGGAGCAUAUGAAGAACUUCCACUUCUCGCCCUACAUGCAUGAGUUCCUCCGCGCCACCGUCAGAGAAGAACCGGUCGGCAAUACUGCGGACCCUAUCUACCUGAUUAUCGAGCGAGAAACAAAUGCAGAUACUGUCACAGUGGGGUGGGAAAGGGUGCCACACCCAGAGCUGAGUGCGUGGUGGAUUGAACGCCUUCUUCGCGGAUAUUUCAACCCAGAUACCUUCGAUGAAGACGGCUUGCCGGUCUGGGAGAACUGGAAAAAGUGGAAGGCAGUUGGAUAUUCGGGCUCUGACUUCCUCUGCUCUAUCGAUUUUGAGGGGUCUGGUGUCUCGCUUCUACAGUUCGCCGAGGAGUUGCUGAGAUUGAGCGAGAGCUCCCCUCGAUACUCGGCCUUGGCGGCGAAUAACUACUGGUUUGCUUUCUCGGUGUAUGAAGGACUGAAGGAUCGGUGGUUCCGUUCGGAAUAUAGAGGAGACUACUACAAGCAUAGAGGAAAGUUUGCUGGAGUUCACUGGGGCUCUCCGAGACUUGCUUCUGCAAGAGAGUAUCUUUGGUAUGUGAUCAUGUGUUUGAUUUUGGUCAUAGCGGCUGUCCUCUUCUGGCGCUCAUAUCUGCAGAGUUCAUAA